CAAGAAAACAUGGCAGCCAAACUUCUGUGACCUAGAGAGGUCAAAGUGGAAUAAUACAUGUUAGCACAAAUAAAAAGGAGCGGUUUAUUUUGAAUACAUUGUGGCACAACCAAUGAUUAUUUCCAGUUAGAAAAUCACUGUUGAUUUCACUUGCCGUCGUCAAAUUAACGUCAUAAAUCUGAACUGUUUUGUUGCCUCAGGGUAUAAAUUUAUCUAGAUGGAUCAGGUUUCAUGACACUGACAAGUGCAGAGUGUUAUCUGUCAUAAUAUAACAUGUAAGAGACGAUCGAAUUGCCAAAGAAGAACUCAAGAACCUCGUGUUGCUGCGAUUUUGACUUUGUCUUGUAUUUUCAAAGUGCCCGGAAUCAGUUCGGCCUAAGGAAACCUCGGGAAUGUCAGUAAUCGUGGAAGCGAAGGUUUUGCAACGAUCUGUAUUUUUUACAGGUGAAACUGUACAGUGUCAGGUAUCUUUAACUUACCCAACGUUAUCUGCGACAGAGCCAUAUUCUAAAGGAGGGUUGCCUACACCUAGUACAAACAUUUUAGAGAGAGUGGAGCAUAAUCAUGUAGCACUCGAGAAAGAUGAGAUAAAUGUUGCUUGGGCAAGUGCACAGAUCUAUUGUCAGUGUCACAUAAAUGAAUCUAGAGUUCUUUCAUUGAAUAAUAUCAAAGAUCACCAUCAGCUGCCAUCAGAGAUGAUCACCAGUUUUGUGCCUACCAGUGGUGAAACAGGUCAUUGUUUUCUUGCAACAAAGCCAGUGAUCUUGCUUUGUAAUCUUAGACUUCAAAGAGGACAGACGAAAACAUUUACCUAUACAGAAGAUAUUCCACCAAGUGCACCCCCAUCUUACAGAGGCCAAGCAGUUAGAUUUUCUUAUAAAGUCACAAUUGGAGUUGGAUCAAUUAAUGGGCCUACAAAAUUAAUAAGGCUCCCAAUAAGGGUUAUUAGCACAGAAGGUCUUCUUGUGGAUAUGAAAAAAUCAGCUGAUACUCGUGAAUCACGAAAUCCUUUUCUUGAAGAUCUGAGUGAAAUUGAGCACUCUUUGAGUGACUUAGUUGUGGACAGAUUAACUUUUUUGACUUCCCAGAGAAAUAACAAUGUAUAUAAUAUUUCAUGUCGCCAAGGAUCAGCAGGAAAAUUUAGCUUAUCAAAAUUGUAUUAUCGUAUUGGUGAAGAUUUGCAGGGGUCAUUUGAUUUUACAGAUGCGACUGUUAGGUGUUUAAUGUAUAAAGUAUCAUUACAAUCAGAGGAAGAAGUCUUAGAGAAAUUUAGAAAACCGGGUAGCAAGCAGAAAACAGUUCACACUACUUACAGUAGAUAUGAAGAAUGCUGCUUGAACUGUCGACAAACAAGUUUCUGUUUACCAAUCCCCAUCACAGCGACACCUGAAUUCACGUCUAAAGUGGUUUCUGUUCGGUGGCGCUUGCAUUGCGAAGUUACCACAUCGUGUCAAAACGACUCUGGUAGUGGUGAAUCAACAGAGAUAGGUAAAACUCCUAACAGGACAGAAUUAGAUAAAAUUAUUACAAAUGGACCUAAAACGGGCGUGUUGCACAAAAUACCAAAAGACGUCAAAGUUGAGACAAUGACAUGGGACAUUCCUGUUCGUGUUGUCCCAUCAAGCCCUAUUCUAAUCUCUCUGUUGUCUUCUAACCCUCUUUUUGUAAACGACGUUUUGUAAUUCAUUGCUGAUUACCCUCCUCAGUUGCUUGCCUAAUUUCUCAGAAACUUUAAACGUUCUCCAUUUGUAAAAGAAUCAUUAAAUGUCUAUCGUCAGUAACUUUAAAGAAUUCAAUCAGUUAAAUAUUUCAGAUUUUUGUAAAAUGCUAGUGUAUAUUUGAGAUAUUUCUAAAUAUGACUACAAUAUACAUUCGUUUUGGCAA